AUGCGUACUCUACCAAUAUUAUGGCGUAUGGCUGAAGAUUUGAGGCGCUUGGCUAUGCCUUCGUCACCAUUCUUUGAGAAUCCAUGGACUACCACGUGCUAUCGAUGGACACCAUUAACACAAGUUAAUCGUAUGCUUGAGGAAGAUUUGGCUAAAAUCAGCAAAGACGGUUAUCAAGUUUCAAUGAAUGUUUCGGAAUUCAAACCCGAAGAGUUAUCUGUGAAGGUUGUAGACAACAGCGUCAUUGUCGAAGGAAAAUCGGAACAGCACCAGGACAAUAAGGGUGGUUAUGUAUCACGUCAUUUUGUGCGUCGUGUAGCCUUACCCCAGGGCUAUGAAUCCGAAAAUGCUAUAUCCACUCUGUCUCCAGAUGGAAUACUAACCGUCAGUGUACCAAAGCCUCAAAUUGAAGUGAAGGUGCGUGAAAUUCCAAUUCAGCGUGCUGAAGCGCCGUCUAUAAAGUCUGCAGAAGACGCAAAGGGUGCCCAGAAUAAAAAUAAUUAG